AUGGCGUCAGUUUUGUUAAGCAAAUUAAUUAAAUAUGUCCGUGACAUUUUAACUCGUGUAAAAAUUACUCGUAUUACUGCGUUAACCGAUUCGACUAUCGUGUUGACAAUUGAGGCUCUUCACCCCGGUCCAGAUGGGAUUGUUCGUUGUGUUACGCUUCGCACUCAAAAGAGUACUCUACAGAGACCAGUUAAUAAACUGAGUCCUCUACCUUAUUCAAAUUAG